UUAUUUAAAGGGAUUCAGAUACUCUGCUUCCUUCUCAUCAUUCACGAGCUCGUUCCUUGAACAUCAUUAUUCCAUGGCUUCCACCUCUCAUAAACUCACCUUCCUCUUUUCUCUCACACUCUUUUUAUUCUUCUCCUCAUCACAUGCUUAUGCUGCUGUUAACUCUUCAAAUUCCUCAACACUAUUUCACACCAACCUUUCUUCCUUAAGAUCUUUCUGCAAAACCACCCCUUACCCAGAAACAUGCUUCGAAUCACUGAAGCUUUCAAUCUCAAUAAACAUAAGUCCAAACAUCAUUACCUACCUCCUUCACUCCCUACAAGUCGCAAUUUCCGAAGCCACAAAGCUAUCAACACUUUUCCAAAGCGUUGGUGCCUCAAACUCAAACAUCAGAGAGAAACAAAAGGGUUCAAUCCAAGACUGCAAGGAGCUUCACCAAUCAACUUUAACAUCUCUAAAGAGAUCACUCUCCGGGGUUCGUAACUCCCAGAACUCAAGAAAAUUGCGUGAUGCUAGAACCUUCCUCAGUGCAGCACUCACAAACAAGAACACUUGUCUAGAAGGCCUAGACUCUGCUUCCGGAACCAUGAAACAAAAACUGGUAAACUCCGUUAUUAACACUUACAAGCACGUGAGUAAUUCCCUCUCAAUGCUUUCUAAUCCAGGAAAUGACGACAACGAUGGCGGAUUCAUGAAGAAAAGCUUGGAAGAUGGGGAGCAGUAUGAUCCAAACGAGGUGAUUGUUGUGGCGAAAGAUGGAACAGGGAACUUCAGCACUGUCUCUGAUGCAAUAAACUUUGCUCCCAAUAACAGCUAUGUGAGGACGGUAAUCUAUGUGAAAGAAGGGGUUUAUGAGGAAAAUGUUGAGAUCCCAAGUUGUAAGCCUAACAUUGUUCUUGUUGGAGAUGGAAGUGACGUCACUGUCAUUACUGGUAGCAGAAGUGCUGGUGAUGGAUGGACCACUUUCAGAUCUGCAACUCUAGCUGUAUCUGGUGAUGGCUUUCUAGCACGUGACAUAGCUUUUGAGAACAGUGCAGGUCCUGAGAAGCGUCAAGCAGUUGCAUUAAGAGUAAACGCAGAUUUAACCGCUUUCUACCGGUGUUCCAUUUAUGGUUACCAAGACACGCUCUAUGUUCACUCCUUCAGACAAUUCUACAGAGAAUGCGACAUUUACGGAACCAUAGAUUUCAUAUUCGGUAACGCCGCCGUAGUCCUACAAGAAUGUAACAUUGUUUCAAGAAAGCCAUUGCCUGGCCAAUUCACUGUGAUAACGGCACAAUCGAGAGAUACGCCGGACGAGGACACCGGAAUCUCGAUCCAAAACUGCUCAAUUAUAGCCACAACUGAUUUGUAUGCAGCUUCAAACUCUAGCACUACCAUUAAGAGCUACCUUGGUAGGCCAUGGAGGGUUUAUUCAAGAGUUGUUUAUCUUGAAUCAUACAUUGAUGACUUCAUUGACCCAAAGGGUUGGUCAAAAUGGUCUAAUAGUGAUGAUGAUCAAGGCUUGGAUACUUUGUAUUAUGGAGAGUUUGAGAAUUAUGGACCUGGUUCAAGAACAAAUGGACGUGUAAAUUGGGUUGGCUACCAUGUGAUGAAUUACAAUGAUGCCUAUAACUUCACGGUUUCAGAGUUCAUCACUGGUGAUGCUUGGCUUGGGUCUACUUCUUUUCCUUAUGAUGAUGGUAUUUAAGCAAAUAGUGAAACUAAUGUAGCUUUAUUUUGUUUCACUUUUUGCUAAUGUCACUACUGUGUCCGAUCCUUGGUGAUCUACCUGAAUAGGGCAUUAAAGAAGUUGCUAGAAGAGUAAUCAAUGUACAAUAAUAAAAGUUUCAAUAUUAAAUACAUUAUGUAGAGUCCUUUCUUGGUUGCAAAUUCUAAUGUGAAUGCAGGGCCUUAUGAUCAAGAAGAUAAAGGUUUUACAUGGCAGUUUUUCAACAACACCAAGCCCCCGCUUCU